UUUAAAAGCUUUUUUUUAAAAUCAAUGUGUUAAACAACUAAGAAAAGGUAUGAAGCCAACAUGAGGAAAGAAGUGAACCAAUAUUAUUUAUUUUUUCAGAUUGAGUCUGUCAGUCCUGUUUCUUUUAUAUGUUAUCAAAACAAUUUAGUGUCAUCAUGUUUAUUGACCUUUAAAAGUGAUGUCAUUCCUACUCUGCAGACAGAAACUUUCAAAUUUCCAUUUUACAGCUCUCAAUCAGACCCAUAAGCAGAUUUUUAGUAGCCUUUAAUUGCACAUAAUGCAGGAAUCCAAGAGAUGACAUACAUGCUGUCUGUUUAUAUAUGAAUAACAUCUGCAAUGCAUUGUGAAAUAGGCCUAUUAAACAUAUGCGAGUACUACAGAGCAUACCAAUUAUUAUUAUAGCCAAUUGUAAAAGUACAAGCAUGUAUUCAUGUUAAUCAUAUCAGAAUAAUACAUGAAAUACAGUCAUUAAAUUAAAAAGAAAGAAUACUGGCCAUGUGUAUCGCCAUGUGUGUCUCCUGAUGUCACCACGGCGUAUUCUUCAGGUGACCACUGCCUCAGAAUAACUCAGUUAAUCCUUAAGACGAGCUCUACAGAGCUCACACCCUGCUCAGAGUCAGUGAAAGGCCUGCACUUAGACACAGAGGACUUCUCCCUUCUGAGAGCAGCAGGAGGACAUGCAGAUUAAGCACAACAGCCGUCAACACAGGACACCUCCUCUGUGUGAGUAAAGUAAACCAUUUACCUCAUUUUCUAUCUUACACAGUAUUUUAUUUGUGUCAUAUGUUAAAUGGGAUUUAGAUGUGUAUAAGCCCUUUGCUACACACAGUAACUUUUGUUUAUCAUUUCUUAUAAACAUAUUUAACUUUACAUGUUGCAAAGGCAUAUAUUUGUUUUUAAAUGUGAGCACCUACUGUAGCAGUCUUGUGUGUUAAGUGUGUAAGUAUUGUGAUUUGACAUGCCUGUUAAAGCCCUCUACCUUGUUACAUAAGAAGCUUUUCAGUUCUCCGUACUGUAUUUUAGGCAACAAUGAGUCGCCCUAAUAAGGAGUUGACUCUUAUCUGCUGCUGCACUGUUGUCAGAGAUAUUAUUAUUAUUAUAUUCAUUCAAGGCAAAGUGAUUAAAGCACUUCUGAAAUGCAUCUGUGAGUAAGCUUAUACUAUAUUGCUGGCACAUUUAUUGCACUGUAAUUAAAGUAUUAAGUUCAAAAGGAGAAAGUCAAUACUAGAAUUUAAGAGAACGUUUGCCUUACCAGCUGUGGUUAAUAUGUUUCUACCAAUUAUCUACAAACUCAUUAUACUCUGCUCUGCAAACGACUCUCUACAAAGCAUAAUUUCUUUCCAUUCAUGCCAGUAUGUUGUGAAGAUCAACUUGCAGAGAGUUAAAACUUAACCCAUCGAACUGAGAAUGUUAAGUUAAAUAAUUUCCACACUCCUUUAAAAUACUGGAUUUGUCUGUUACAUUUCUGUAAUACAAUUGAAGGCAGUGUUUUCGAAAACUGUUCAGUGUGGAUGCAUUCAGUGGAGCUAGACAUCUACAAUGUUGAGAGGCUGUUAAAAAGCUCUGCAUCAACAUGAUGCAAUAAGCUGAUGUUCCGAAAAGGAACAUUUGAAUGUGGUUAGCUGCAUUUUAAAGGUAUUUUAAACACAGUACAGCUAUUUUCAUUUACUAUGUCUAAUGUUGUGCAUCAAAAUACCAAAUUACUUGUAUGUGACUUGGCAAUAAACCUGAUACUCAGGGUGAGUCCCAGUUUUGAGAGUGUGUAUUUUGGAGUUUCCCCACAAGCAUGUCAAGUGCUUGCAUUACCACACGACAAUAACGUGUGUUUGACCCAAAAACAGUCAGCUCAGUCAUGGGCGUUUCAAGUCUUUGCAAACCCAUACCGUGAUGCCCUUGGUAAUUUGGCAGUGUGUGUGAUUUCACGUCUGUCCACUUCUGCACCUCUACACCUUUCAGCGCAGUGAUGCAUCCUCUGGUGCUUCUGCCGAGCCACCUCAGCUGUGCGUGAACCAGAACUAACCACCAUGAGCUCCGACACGGUCUGCAGGGCAGAGCCGGACUCGGGGGACAACGGCGAGCUGGCAGACUUGGUGGCAGCCAUGAACGUGGCCGCAAACCGCAUGACCCCUCCUAAUGGCUACAGGUCCGUUACUCCGAGGACCACAAACUCUCACAGGAAGAUGUCGCUGCAGGAGAGGGGGAGCCGCAUUUCCCGACAGCCCACCAUCGAAACCAAACGUGUGUCCAUUACAGGCGCCGAUGACUGUGUCCAGCUCAACCAGUAUAAAUUGAAUAAAGAGAUUGGAAAGGGUUCUUAUGGAGUGGUAAAACUAGCUUAUAAUGAAGAUUCUGAACAGUACUAUGCAAUGAAAGUUGUUUCCAAGAAGAGGCUGAUGAGGCUGUGUGGAUUCCCGCGCCGCCUACCUCCUCAAGGGUCAAACUCACAGCAGGAUGCGUUCCCUAAAGCCAUGUUGCCUCUGGAGAGAGUGUACAAGGAGAUUGCCAUCCUGAAGAAGCUGGACCAUCCAAAUGUUGUUAAACUGGUGGAGGUGCUUGAUGAUCCUGCUGAAGAUGGCCUUCAUAUGGCCUUCGAAUUGAUGGAAAAAGGCCCGGUGAUGGAGGUGCCUACAGACGACCCUCUCACAGAGGAGCAGGCUCGCUUUUACUUCAGAGACGUCGUCCUGGGGAUAGAGUACUUGCACUACCACAAGAUCAUCCACAGGGACAUCAAACCCUCCAACCUGCUACUUGGGGAGGACGGUCACGUCAAGAUCGCAGACUUUGGUGUGAGCAACGAGUUCGAGGGGACAGACGCCCUCCUGUCGAGCACGGCGGGGACGCCGGCCUUCAUGGCCCCCGAAAUGAUGACCGAACAUGAGCAGAGCUUCAGCGGAAAGGCGUUAGACGUGUGGGCGAUGGGAGUCACACUGUACUGUUUUGUCUUUGGGAAGUGUCCUUUUUAUGACGACUAUAUCGUCUCUCUGCACAGCAAGAUCAAGAGCAAACCUGUGGAGUUUCCAGAGACGCCACUGAUAAGCAAUGAACUGAAGGAGCUUAUUGAAAGUAUGCUGGAUAAAAACCCUGAAACAAGAAUCACCGUCCCUGAAAUGAAGCUCCAUCCGUGGGUGACAGAGAAUGGCUCCAAUCCUCUUCCUCUGGAGGAGGAGCACUGCACGGCAGUCGAGGUCACUGAGGAGGAGGUGCAGAACAGCGUCAAACUCAUCCCCAGCCUUUCCACUGUGAUUCUGGUGAAGUCUAUGCUGAGGAAGAGGUCUUUCAGUAAUCCCUUUGAGUGUCAGGGCCGACGGGCGGAGAGGUCCAUGUCUGCCCCUGGAGGUCUUCUUACUGGUUGUUGGGGCUCAUUGGGGUCAACACCUCAGCCUCAUCCUUCCUUGAGGAAAGUCAGCAACGAGGGGAGCAGAGAUGGAGAAUUGGAGGACUUGUAUGAAGACGAUACAUUUACCGAGAGUGCAGAUUAAAUUGACACCUGCAUAAAGAUUAAAAACAAAGAGCGUGAAGAAAAUUAUUUUUCUACCUUUUGUUUGUCUCUUUCCUAUUUCUCUCCUAAUUUUUGCUUUUGCUUCCUGCUUGCUGUGCUUACAUGCUUAAAAAUGUUUCUCACUCAAGUCCAUAACACUGAUAAUUCUCUGAUAUAUUGAAUAUUAUAAACUUAUGGAUAGUGCAUUAAAUACUUGAUUGUUUUCUGUUUUGUUCAUGUUUAAAUUACAGAUGACAUGACUAAUGACUAAUACUUCGUUCAUGAAUGUAACUUUGGAUUGUUGUUAAAAAUGUAAAUAUGCUCCAUGAAGAAGAUAUUUUUACAUUUUCCUACAGCUGUUGAAGAUAAUAAAAGGUCUAAUUUUAAA